AUGCAGCCAGCCAAACAGAUGGCCGCUCCCAUGCCCAACAAGCCACCCUGGUAUCAGGGCCAGCAGGCUCCGCCCCAGUACAUGUAUUCUGGCACUAACGGCCGCCUGAUCCCGAACCCGAUGGCGCGAAGCAUGAACCCGUCUGCGGCACAGCAGGAUGAGGCCGUUGUCUCUGGCAAUGCGGAUGAGACUGCGGAUGUGGAUGCGCAUGCCGAUAUGGUUGAUGAGCCGGAGAGCUAUGAGAUGGGAGGUACUGGUGCGGCAGAUCGGGGUGAGGAGGCCGGGGAUGGGUAUUAUGGGUUUCAAUAA